AUGGCAUCUUCUAACAAUACCGGUUGCCGAGGAGCCCAAGUGGAAGAAAUAUGGAGUUUAGAGCCUGAGAAUUUUGAAAAAUUAAAGCCAGUUCACGGGUUGAUUUUUCUUUUCAAGUGGCAGCCAGGGGAGGAACCGGCAGGCUCUGUGGUUCAGGACUCCAGACUCGACACGAUCUUUUUUGCCAAGCAGGUGAUUAAUAAUGCGUGUGCGACCCAGGCCAUCGUGAGUGUGCUGUUGAACUGUACCCACCAGGACGUCCACUUAGGAGAGACGUUGUCAGAGUUUAAAGAAUUUUCACAAAGCUUUGAUGCGGCCAUGAAAGGUCUGGCGCUGAGCAACUCGGACGUGAUCCGACAGGUGCACAACAGCUUCGCCAGACAGCAGAUGUUUGAAUUUGAUGCGAAGACGUCGGCCAAAGAAGAAGAUGCGUUUCACUUUGUCAGUUAUGUCCCCGUGAACGGGAGACUCUACGAACUGGAUGGAUUACGAGAAGGACCCAUUGACUUAGGCGUGUGCGGUCAGGACGACUGGGUGAGCGCCGUGAGGCCGGUCAUCGAGAAGAGGAUGCACAAGUACAGUGAAGGUGAAAUUCGAUUUAACUUAAUGGCCAUCGUGUCCGACAGAAAAAUGAUAUAUGAGCAGAAGAUAGCAGAGUUGCAGAGGCAGCUUGCUGAGGAGGAGCCCAUGGAUACCGACCAGGGUGGUAUGCUGAGUGCCAUUCAGUCAGAGGUCGCCAAGAACCAGAUGCUCAUUGAAGAGGAAGUACAGAAAUUAAAACGAUACAAGAUUGAAAAUAUCAGGAGGAAGCAUAACUACCUGCCCUUCAUUAUGGAAUUGUUGAAGACGCUAGCAGAACAUCAGCAGUUAAUACCGCUGGUCGAAAAGGCAAAAGAAAAACAGAAUGCCAAGAAAGCACAGGAGACCAAAUGAAGAGGGUGCUGUGGUGUGCGCACUUGUGCUUCUGCGCGUGUUUCCAUGGAAACCACUGAGUCCGAGGAGCGUGGAGCAGCACCCUGACUGCCUCAGUGCACAUGGGGCAGUAGCCCCGUCUGUCUUGUCUUUACUGCAUGGAUUCAUAAACGCUCCCUACCUGCAUCGUGUGCAUGUAGUGCCUGUUAAAUAAAGGUGAUGUCAAGAGCACUCGCCCAUAUCCCAUUAUUUGACAUUGGAUCUGAGACCUGUGAUUCCUGCACAUACAGCUACUGUAAUGAACCUAGAAAACGCACAGAGGAUAUUCUGUACCUGUAAUUGUCACUAAUCCUUUGUUGUAGCUCAGUUAAAUGCUUAAAAUUUAUAAAUGUCAGACCUUGAUUAAACUGGAUCUCUUGUUCUCAUCAUUAAUGGAAAAAAAAAAAAAUCAGUAUUUCUGUCUUUGAUAUCUAAAUAUUUUGAGGAUUUUAAAACUGAAUUUUAUCUUCUAUAUCAAUUAUUUGGAAAAGUAUGAUUUUAAUGCAGAUUAUCUGAAAAGGGCAAUAGGACAGUUUCUAGUGAUUUCAUUGCUGCCAGUAGAAAAAAGUAAUAAACAUCCCAAUUUUAUUUUCGCAAACUCUC